AUGCUAAGGUCUCUUCAUGUAGCACGGUCGUCACUGCGACAUUCCCAAAGCUUGCGUCAAUUGUCAUUCAUGUCUCAGUGUCAUCGGUCGUCAUUCCCGAGACAUAGAUCGCUCUUUUUACCACCGCCUCAGCCUUUGCUUCGAUGGUUCGCGAUGGUUGUUCCAAAUGAUACAGAAGCUAACAAGAAGAAUGAUUUACGUAAAAGGAAGGACAAGGACAAGAAACCAUUUUUAAUCAAGGUUGUUGAACCCAUAUAUCCUUUGCCUAAGCCACGGACGGAUGUUAAUAAGGCCUAUUUCCCGGGAAAAGUGUCCCGCUCGACGUCACAGGAUGUGGUAUUCCGAGCCAUGGCGGGGAACACAGCCAUUACAGUCCUUAAGGUACUAGCGUGGCUAAAGACUGGCUCCAAUGCUAUGCUUUCAGAGGCUAUUCACUCGCUCGUGGACACCGGCAAUCAGGCUAUCCUUAUCUUGGGUCUGAAGCAAGCGUCAGGUGUACCGGACAAGAAACAUCAGUACGGAUACGGACGCGCUGCUUACUUUUGGUCGCUCAUCUCUGCAUUGGGCAUUUUCUGGUUAGGCUCCGGUGUGACUGUUGUUCACGGGAUCCAGUCGAUCCUAGAGCCUCCAAAAGAGCUCACACUGUCAUGGGAGAUCUGGUGCGUGCUUGCGGCUUCUUUCAGCAUCGACGGAUGGGUGCUUAAGCGGUCAGUACAGGAACUACUGGCCACCAAACCCAAGAACAUGUCGUUUUAUCAGCAUGUGAAGCGGACGAAAGACCCGUUUAUGAUGGCUGUUCUGCUCGAGGAUCUCUCGGCCUGUGUGGGUGUUAUUAUUGCUGGAUGCGGCAUCGGGGCCAGCCAUAUUACCGGCAACACGCUGUGGGAUAGCCUUGCAAGUGUUUCUAUUGGUGUGCUUCUUGGUGGUGUUGCAGUAUCACUAAUCCGUCUGAACCAAAAGUAUCUAUUGGGUCAGUCAGUGGAGCCAGAAAUUGAGAAUGGUAUCCGUGAGUUGUUGCUGGCACGUCCGUCCAUUGACAACGUGUAUGCUGUCCAGUCACAGUGGGUUGGACCAUCGACAUUUAGCUUCAAGGCUGAAGUGGACUUUGAUGGAACGUACUUGGCAGCAAGACUAUUACGAAUGUACAAGCCGGUAUUUUUGGAAACAAAGGAUUUGGAAAAUGAUCUAUCACUCAUUCUAUCCUGGUACGCAGAGGAUGUGACCCGUCUUGUAGAGAAGGAGGUGCAAGAGGUCGAAGAGGUGAUUCGUAGCAUUUACCCUGAGGCCGCCUUCAUCGAGCUGGAACCUGAUAGUAAAGAGUCAGAGAUGCAAGCCGUGCUAAGUAUGCAGACGAAGUCCUCCCGUACUAGUGAGCGAGAAGCUAUGACACGAGCACUAGCCCUCCUUGCACGGACAUUAGAGCGCAAGACAACAGACGGUGAUCGUCCUGCUACUACUACCAGCGCACAAAGUUAA